AUGCAGAGCCUUCUAAUUAUUGCACCUUUUUUUGUUUUGACGGCAUAUGCCGAUCUAGCCACCGAACAUACUAAACUCAAAAAAAUCCAGACCGAAUGUGAAACCAAAUUGGGAGAACCCAAGAACCUCUUCAUAAAAAUGAUAGAAGAUGAAUAUAUAGGAGAAACGCAAAAAGCUGGCAAGAUGGCGCUUUGCAUUAUCACCGGCAUGGGUAUCUUGAAUCAAGAUGGCGUACUGAUAGCAGAUAAUUUCAAAGUGCACGUGGAACGACUGGUCGAAGAUGAAGACAAACGUAAGACGAUAAUAGAUACUUGUGGACAAAUCAAGGGAAGUGGACCCGAGGAAAAUGCAUUGAAUUUUGUAAAAUGUAUGGAGGAUAAUGUACCUCGCGCUAUUGCGAAAGAAUUUUUAAAGUAA